CAUAUCUAAAUAUGCAUAUUUCGAAAUCUACACCAAUGAAAACUGAUGAUAUUUUAUCCUUGAAAAUUACGUAAUUUCAACUUUUUUCAAAUUAAUUUUGCUUGAAAUACAUUUAGUUGGUUUUAUUUUUGGAUGUAAAUUAUUUUUAAAGCAGGGAAUACAGUCUAAAAAGAAUUUUCCGGCUAUUUUAUUGGAAUAUUGUAGGUAUGGCCCAGAUAAAAAUAAACAAAAUUGACGUAAUACUACAUUUUUGUUUGGAAACUUUAUUCCGAAUGCAUUUUUUGAACGUUUUUACCUUCUGAGGCUCAUUAUUUGAUAGUCAAUUAAAGUAUAAACUUGAAACAUAAAAACUCGACGUGCAGAUUUUUACGUCUUGCAAUUUUUUUCUAACAUUUGUUCCAUUUCAAGGUCUCUGUACGCCGUUAGCUCUAAUUUGGGUCGCUUUGGAAUAAAUAUUAAAGAGGGAGGCAGCGGAAUAUAUGUGGAAUGGGUAUUGGACGGUGAAGCUUUAUUCAUAGGUGAUCGUAUAAUUGAAUGCAACGGAAAACCUAUAGAUUCUCAAUCAAAGGAAGAAAUUCAAAAAUUGAUGGAUUUAAGCGGAAGAUGUCAAUUGGUAGUAAUACGUAUUAAUAAGCAACAGAAUAAUCAAAUGUUAUUACAGUCUCAACAAGACAAUCAACGGUUGCAACAUCGCAUCUCAUACUUGGAGGAUCAAGUACGAGAUAUGAUUAACCAAAAUAGCAGAAGAACAAAUCAAAAGAUCAUGAAAAGAGACCAUGUUACAAGCAUCAACAUAUCUUCAAGUCCUCAAGAUAAUGAAGGGGCUCAAGUAUUCCAAAGAGGCAACUUUAUUGCGACUAUCAUCGGGGGAAAAGCGAUACAAACUACUCAUUCUGUUUCAUCGAAUGGUAGCGCAACUUACCGUCCUCAACGUAACACCCUUCAGCACAGUCAUUCCCAACAGUAUAUUGGGGCGAACAGUAAAAUAAUUGAAACAUCACUGAAAAGUUCACAAAAUUUGAAGGACAAACAUGUUCGCGAUCAUCGUAAGGAAAACCAUAGAUCACAGCCUGAUUUGUUUUAUGAUGAAGAAAAGUUGAGGUCUGGUCAUCAAAGAUAUAAAAAAGAUCUUCAAGAUCUCCGUAAUGCAAGAAGUUUGGAAUUUGAUAGCGAAGAACCAAAGCAAAACAAUGUAAUGAUUCCAAAACAUCCAUCAGUACGCCGUGAAAUAGAUUAUACAUCGGAGCCAGUUGCAACACCUUUAUCAAACAGUGGGUCACGAACACGCAAUGGUCGUCCAACUCCCCCCAAGAAACCACUUCGUCUUUCACUUCAAGGUAUUCAAAGAACGCAAAGUUUACAGACUAUUGAAGCAAACGCUACAGCCACAAUCCUAGAUUUGGAGAAGAAACGGUCUCUCAAGCGCACGCAUCGGGGAAACAAAACCCCCGAUAAUGAUGGUGAAACCAAUUCAUUAUUUAUAGCGUCUCUCGGUAGAAACAAAUAUAUUGAAAAAACACCAAAUAGUCACAUCAACUAAAAAUAUUUCCACUUAACAUGUUCAUAAAGAGAUAUGUCAAUGUACAGUAGAAUCUUGAAAGUUAACUCACACAAAUACACAAAAGUUAAUUUUCCAGAAAAUUUAAGUAAAUAUUGUGACUUCGAAAAUGUUUCAUAAAGGGGGAAGGAGUACUAUUGGUUUAUGAAAAAAAAAAUUCGGUCUAAAAAUGUUCAAAAAUCAAAUUACACAAAUGUCACAGGAUUGAUGAAAAAUUAGGUGUUUUUAAAAUUUAAAGGAAAAGUAAUUUUUCGAAAAAAGUUAAUUUGGAUGUUUGUUGCUGAGCACAAAAAUGGGAAUACAGAUCUGUUCGAGAAAGAACGGAAUAUUGCUACUGUAUUAAUACUGUUUCUCAAUAUGGGAGUGUUCUUGAGGAUUUUUGAAAAAACUGGAAACCCAAAGAAAAUACAUAUGAAACCCAAAAUUCAAAAUCCAAAACCUAAGAAAAUCCUUGAAAAUUCCCGAUAAGUUUGCACAAAAACACACUCUCAUAUUAGAGACAUGAUAGUUAGUUUUCAAUAUGAAUUUGGACCGCGCUUAAACGUACACAUACAAAAAACGGACACCACUAAAUUUUUUUAUUUAAUAAUUUAUUUAUGUAUAUUGUAUAUAUUUUAUAACCUGGAAAAAGAGAAAUGGUAGAUUUUAAAUUAAAGAGAAAA